AACAUCAUUUGAUAGAUGAUAAUAACAUUGUUACUACUCAUAUAGAAAAUAAAUGCAGAUUGUAUUGCUAAUCAAUAUUUGACAUUUCCAAAAUAGGCUGAAUUAGUUUAUGCAGUUAAGAGGAUCACCAUAAAAUUAGAAGGAGAGUAUAUAAUUGGCUAUGGAGAUGAGUACGAAGUCAGAGACAAAUCAAAAAUAUCACUUAAGUAGGUACCAUCGGGAAUAAUUUUUGCACCUUCAAAUUUCGAAAUCUAUUGUCCAGCAGUCCACAUAUUAUCUAGAAAGGAUAGCAUUAAAUGUGAGAUCUAGUUGAAUAUGGAAAAAGUUCAGGAUGAUGAAACAGAUCCAACUUCAAUUCCACAGAAAGCUAAAUUUGUAAUUCCAAUAGAAGUAGAUAAAGAUAUUAAAUCGAAUCCAGUUUUCGAAAUAGAAAAUAACUUUUAGAUGAGAUUGAUGGAUUUGGCAAAAUAACUAGAAAAAUUAGCUUAUUAUCUAGAAUAUGAGAAUUGUGACAUUCUAGUCUAUAUUAUCCCUAAGCCCUUGUCAAUAUCCACAGAUUAGAUAACUCUUUUGCAAUAAUAUUCGAAAUCCAUACCUGAAGGAGCUACUGUGGAAGAGAUAGAAGAAUCUAAUAAAGGAGAGUUGUAUGUCGAAAACCUGUCCCUUGAUACUAAUUCAAGUACUCAUCAUUACGGUUUAAUCGCAAUUGUAAUCGGAGUCAUCGCUCUGGCAGCCAUCAGAGCAUUUAGUAAAAAGAAGGAGCAGUAGAACAAUCCUGAUUAACAACCAUUAAAUUAACAGGAACUUCAAAACUUAACUUGA